AUGCUCGGUCUGUGCCUUUACGUCCCCGUGUCCAACUCAGAUCCAGUCGAAGUGGAGUAUUUUGAGUCUAACGGACUGCCGUCGGAGCUGAAGUCUCUCUUUACCCAGCUGAGUGUCUUCCUUCCGUCCCAGGAGUUCUCUUCUUAUCAACGAUGGCGAGAGAAAGGUUCAAAAAGGGAAGAAAGCAAGUCAGAUGGGCAGCUGGACUUUGAGGAGUUUGUUCAUUAUUUGCAAGAUUAUGAGAAAGACCUGAAGCUGGUGGUGAAGAGUCUGGACAGGAAGAAUGCAGGUCAAGUUGAUCCCAAGGAAUUCAUGCAGUCUCUUCGGGACCUCGGCGUGCAUAUUUCCCUUCAGCAGGCAAAGGAAGUCCUUAAAAGCAUGGAUAAGAACGGUAUGAUUACAAUCAGCAGCAAAGACUGGAGCAAGUACGCCAUGGUGGAGAAGACUGACAACAUCCCUGAGAUCAUCCUCUACUGGAAACACUCCACGAUCUUCGAUGUGGGUGAGAACCUUAUGGUGCCCGAUGAGUUCACCACAGAGGAGAAGCUGACAGGAAUGUGGUGGAGGCAUCUGGUCGCCGGUGGAGGAGCUGGAGCCGUUUCCAGAACCUGCACGGCACCUCUGGACCGACUCAAAGUCAUGAUGCAGGUUUAUGGAUCCAGAACCAACAACAUGUGCAUCAUGAGUGGGCUGACGCAGAUGAUUAAAGAAGGCGGAAUGAGGUCGUUGUGGAGAGGCAACGGAGUCAACGUCAUCAAAAUCGCCCCCGAGUCGGCCCUUAAAUUCAUGGCAUACGAGCAGAUUAAACGCUUAAUCGGCAGUGAUAAGGAGACCCUGAGCAUCUUGGAGCGGUUUGUCGCCGGGUCUCUGGCUGGAGUCAUCGCCCAGAGCUCCAUCUACCCCAUGGAGGUGCUGAAAACUCGUCUGGCUCUGAGGAAAACGGGCCAGUACUCUGGAAUUGCGGACUGUGCGAAGCAGAUUUUCAGGAGAGAAGGACUCGGAGCGUUUUACAAAGGCUACGUCCCCAACAUGCUGGGCAUCAUCCCCUACGCAGGCAUCGACCUGGCUGUGUAUGAGACUUUAAAGAACAGCUACCUGCAGCAGUACGGUACCAACAGCAGCGACCCUGGCGUCUUCGUCCUUCUGGCCUGCGGCGCCGUCUCCAGCACUUGCGGUCAACUCGCCAGCUACCCCCUGGCUCUGGUCCGAACCCGCAUGCAAGCGCAAGCCGUGUCGGAGGGCAGCCAGCAGGUGUCGAUGACCGGUCUGUUCAGGCAGAUCCUGCAGACAGAGGGGCCCACGGGGCUCUACAGAGGCCUGGCCCCCAACUUCCUCAAAGUCAUCCCCGCCGUCAGCAUCAGCUACGUCGUGUACGAGCACCUGAAGACACAGCUGGGGGUGACGUCGCGCUGAAGUACAGCACGUGGCGCCCCCCCCCUCCCCGUCCUCCUCGUCCUCCCACUCAAACAUCCCAACACCUCCACCCCGCCCCCCCUUCCUCCUCCUCCUCCUCCCAGGGCUCGUGCUAGGGAAUCCCAGGGACCUUGUGGCCCCUGAGGGUUCGUGGAGCCAUCUCAUUCUGUGAAUGUCAGCUGACGAAAGAAGAGAGCUUUGGCAAAGGCCAAGGUGGAGGUUAGGUUAUGGACUCUGUGAGCUCAGGUUGUCAGAAAAACUGCUGCUAUUUUUGUUGUAAAGCUAACAGAAACACGUGGAAUGUCAGCCAAUGUAAAUCAAGGACCAAAUGUAUACUGUUUUUGUCUUUUUGUGUUAAGGUGCCUGAGCAAAUGUCUUGUUUUUUUUUUUUUUUUUCACAUCGAGACAUUGUAAGCUCUGAUCACUCAGUUUAUGAUGCACCAACGCCCCUGUAAUGCAAAAAAAAAAGAGAGACUGCAUCAUAUCAGGGUAUAUUUGCACAGAUACAGCAUUAAUAAUAUAUACGGCUUCUGGCUGUAGGACUAGAUGUGUUCCUAAUGGGGAGGAUUUUUGCACACGAGUGAGUCUGAAGUCUCCACCCCUGUCCUGAAUGAAUGCAAUGAUGGAUGAUGAGGAUUUUCUCUACGACUAUUUAUUCCCAUCCAUAUAUUUAUUGUUUUUAGUGACUCGAAAAGGAGGCUGCACUGUCUGGGAGCGUUAAAGGGCUUUUUAACUUAAGUGCGAUUGUAUUCAACUGACAGUGAAACACUAAAUGUAGGGCUUUGGAGUCGCUGUGGAUGAAAUACUUGUUGCUGUGUCUGUUUUGUUGGUGUCAGAUCUUCUGUUAUAAACUAAUGUGAAUAGGUGCCCUUUAACAGGAAGAAUGGCUUAAUGUUCACCUCAGGUUUAAAGGCAAGGUAUUGUUUAAUUCACACAGAUAGGACUUUUUUUUUUUUUUUUGCAUCUUCAGGCUUUACACGUUUAUACUUGGAAUAAGGGCAAAACAUGAGCGACAUAAUGCACUUUAAUCAGCACUGGAAGGGCGUCUGAAUGUCAUUAAUCCAGGUAUUAAGAUUCAAUUUUUUGUUAAUGUUUUAGUAUUUUAAAGGACCAUUAUUUUGAUGCAAAUAAAUGCAAAUUUUCCUGUAA